GAUCGUAGCUCCCGAUUGUUCGACGUUAUGCAUCUGUGGAGAAAAACGUUGCAGCCUCUCCGCUUCUGGAAAAAAUGUUCGACGAGGAUGGGAUUCGAACCCACGCGUGCAGAGCACAAUGGAUUAGCAGUCCAUCGCCUUAACCACUCGGCCACCUCGUCACAUGCCCUGCCGUAUAGGAGAUAUUGUACCUUACUGCCAGUGUUAAAUCUCAGAGUGAACAUGGUGGACUCCCAGUACUACCUCCCAAAUGACAUCGGCGUCUCUGCGCUCGAGUGCGGCGAAGCUUUUCGUUUGCUUUCACCUCAGGAGAAGAUGUACGCGCACUACCUGUCCCGCGCCGCUUGGUACGGUGGCCUGGCAGUGCUGCUGCAGACGUCUCCAGAGUCUGCAAACAUCUUCGUGCUGCUGCAGAGGAUCUUCAGGAAGCAGGCGCCUGCACAGCUGGAGCCGGUCGCUACAGCAGCUGGACUCAGCUCUGAAGAAUAUCAGGCGUUCUUGGUGUACGCUGCCGGUCUGUAUGCAAACAUGGGGAACUACAAGUCCUUCGGAGACACAAAGUUCAUCCCGAAUCUGCCAAAGGACAAGCUGGAGGCCCUGGUGAAGGCCAGCCAGGCCUUCCAGGAGCAGCCCGCUGAGAUGGAGGCUCUGUGGAACAGCUGCUCGUGUCGCCUCUACUCCCUGGAAGACCGGCAGAAACAGCUCGGCCUCGGCGACAAGGGAAUUACCACCUAUUUCUCAGGAAACUGCUGCCUUGAGGAUGCUGAGCUGGCUCAGAAGUUCCUCGACUCUAAAAAACUGUCGGCUUACAACACCCGUCUGUUCAAGAAGGAGGGAGGAGGGAAGCCGUGCUACGAGGUGCGCUUGGCUUCGGCCGUGCAGAAAGACUGCGCGGUGGACGGUGAAUGCGAGUCCUGCUGUGGCAGCUUCAGAUUCGAGGACAAAGAGUUCAUCGUGAAGAGAGGAGACUAUGGGCCUCUGAUGGAGAAGGUCUGUGAAAACCUGCAGCAGGCGGAGGCGUUCGCCGCCAACGAGAACCAGAGGAAGAUGCUGGAGCAGUACAGGCGCAGCUUCACCUUGGGCUCGGUGGAGGCCCAUAAAGAGGGGUCCCGGUUCUGGAUCAAGGACAAGGGGCCGAUCGUUGAGAGUUAUAUAGGUUUCAUAGAGAGUUACAGGGACCCGUUCGGCUCCAGAGGAGAGUUUGAAGGUUUUGUCGCGGUGGUGAACAAGGCGAUGAGCGAGCGUUUCUCCAGCCUGGUGAGUUCUGCUGAAGUUCUGCUGCCUGAGCUUCCUUGGCCCAGUGAGUUCGAGAAGGACACGUUCCUCAAACCCGACUUCACGUCCCUCGACGUUCUCACCUUCGCCGGCAGCGGGAUCCCGGCCGGCAUCAACAUCCCCAACUACGACGACAUCAGACAAUCGGAGGGCUUUAAAAACGUGUCGCUAGGCAACGUGCUGGCUGUGGCCUACGCGACGCAGAAAGAAAAGCUGACUUUCCUGGAGGAGGCGGACAAGGAUUUGUUCAUUAAGUGGAAAGGCCCCUCGUUUGAGGUGCAGGUCGGACUCCAUGAGCUCUUGGGUCAUGGAAGCGGGAAACUGUUUGUGCAGGACGACCAGGGAAAGUUCAACUUUGAGCAGAGUAAAGUCGUGAACCCGGAGACGGGAGAACCGGUGUCCAGCUGGUACCGAGGCAGCGAGACGUGGGACAGCAAGUUCUCCACCAUCGCCUCCUCGUAUGAAGAGUGUCGCGCCGAGUGCGUCGGACUCUACCUGUGUCUCAACAAGAAGGUGCUCAGCAUCUUCGGCCACGAGGGACAGGACGCCGAGGACGUGGUGUACGUGAACUGGCUCAGCAUGGUCAGAGCCGGACUGUUGGGUCUGGAGUUCUACACACCUGAGAGCAAGAGCUGGAGACAGGCCCACAUGCAGGCCCGGUUCGUCAUCCUGAGGGUGCUGCUGGAGGCCAGCGAGGGCCUGGUGGGUCUGGAGGAGGCGACGGGACCGGACGGGAAACCUGACGCCAAGAUCACGCUGGACCGGAGCAAGAUCCACACGGUGGGAAAGGGCGCCAUCCACAGGUUCCUCUGCAAACUGCAGGUCCUGAAGUCGACGGCGGACGUGGACGGAGGCCGAGCGCUGUACGAAGGCUACUCCUCCGUCAGCGACAGCGGCGCUCACAACUUCCUCCGCCUCCGAGAGACGGUGCUGCUGAGGAAGGAGGCGAGGAAGAUGUUCGUUCAGGCCAACACCAGAGUCAGAGGCGACGCCGUGGAGCUGGUGGAGUACGAAGGCAGCGCUGCAGGUUUGAUUCGAUCCUUCACCGAACGUUUCCAGGACGACGCGGAGCAGCUGGAGGCUCAGCUCCUGGACCUGAGCGAGAGAGACGCCCCCUGCUGGUGCUGAUGGAACAACAACUCAACACAAGGUUAUUUUUUCUGUAUGUAAAACUGAUUCUUAAUAAAUCACGCUGAGGUUUCACCCUUUAAAUGAAGCCUCAGUCUGGAUCAUAUUCACAUUAAUGAGCUGCUCAUCAUCAAAAACCGGCUUCAUGGAAAUAAACAUGACGACAUGUUUGUACUCGAAAUGAAUUUUUCUUUUUAACCUUUGGAAUAAAAAAAUCUAAAUGUUGAUGGUUUGAAGAUGAACGGCUUCGAGGCGACUCUGAGGCUCAUGUUGUGUUAUUUCAAGAAGUGGUGGAUUAUUUUUAUUGUUGUGUCCCGGAGGCCUAGUGAUGAUAAUAAAUAAAAAAAUAAAAAAUAAAGAAAUGUGAUGAUGAAUCUACACAAAUAAAAAAUGUCUUUGAUAAGA